AUGGACUUCUGCGCGACACGUUCCCGUCAAACAAACACACCGCGGACACCAAAGAGCCCCCAUGACAACAAACUCCGUUCUUUAGCUGCAGUUGACGCCAAAGACCCCCCCUUGGCUGUCUCUCCGGGCCGUCUGCGAAAACGAGAGUCUGACCGACGAAGCCAGCGGCAGGCCCGCGAACGCACCAAGACCCACAUCGCUCAUCUGGAGGCCAUAGUGGAAGAAUUCCGACGAAGAGAUGCCAGCGGUCAAGUCGCCGUGCUGAUGAAGAAAUUGACGGAGCUGGAGCGUGAAAGAGAUGCCAUGGUCAAGAACUUCCAUGACAUAUGGAGCGUGGUGAAACCGUACUACUGCAAGUGGACAGCUGUUGAUCUAGUACCGGACUGUGGUAUUCGAGGAGGAGUAGUAGCGACGAGCGCGGCACAGGGAACUCAAGAUGAGGGUUGUCGAGCAGCAACAGCAGACAGUGGUGACAGUCUUGUUGUCCAAGACACAUAUAGUUUUGAUGACGGCACUACUACAUCAUUGCCGCCACCAAUGAGUUCAGAGGAAGCCAGGGCCAAUGUCGCCGAGAGUGAGGCUCUGCCCAAUAGCCUGACUACUCCUCAGCUCCCUUCCAACACAAUCAAAACCCCAGGGCCUGUUGUCUUUUUGGGACCCGAGCGUGUCAAAGUGUCUUCUCCUGCGCCGACCCUACGAGAUUGUGGCGGCCGCGAUCCUGUGAAAAAGGUCUAUGUCAACUUCAGUCUUUCCAACUACGCCCCGGGCUGGGCCUAUACCUCCCAACGAUGCUCCUGUUGCCAUGAGACGUGCACGCCGCUGUCACGAGGCAGGGAAGAUGGCUCUAUGUGGAGAGGCAACCAGUGGACAUUUGCUAACGAAGUGCUCGGUGAGCGCCUGUCAUGGGCAGAAGGGGAGAUACAGCCCGCCACAGACAUCGAGUCGGACGACGUGCCCAUCCGCGCCCUGCUCGAGGGAUGGUCCUCGGUGGCGCAGCGCGGGCGGUUGCAUCCCUCGUGGCAGAUCCUGCGACAUAUCGACGAGACCCUCUUUAGUAUGUGUCCGAAUGUCGAACGGCUAGCCAUUCUCCGCGCGAUGCACACCCUCCUCCAAUUCCACACCGAACCGACACACGGGCGCUAUACUCGUCUGCCGCCAUGGUACAGCACGAGACGACAGUGGCAACAGACCCGGAGCUAUGCGAUCGACUAUUUCGCAUGGCCCUCCCUGCGCGAUCGCUUCAUCCAGAACGAGCACCGAUACUGUGGCAACGAGUUCUGGUCCCUAUUUUGCAGCAGCCUCAAGAUCCUCUGGCCGUAUCAAUUCCGUGAUUGCUAUGUCCAGGAAGAAGCCACUGGGCUAUACAAGGUCUCGCCGCUGUUUGACCAGAGGCUACUUGAUAUCAAUUGCUGGACCAUGGGGCCCGACAUCUUUCACCGAUUCCCAGAGUUGUCUAGCGACAUACCGGCUUUCAGUCCAACGCCGCACAGUUUGUCACACCCCGCUUCUACGGGAGCAACAGGACUCGGAGCGAGGCAGGUGGGGGUGUCUGCUUUGGAUACCACUGAUACUUCUUCUCUGAGCGAGAUCGCGCCGACAGGUCAAGCUGGUUGCGCCGACCUAAACCACAAGAAGGGCAACAAGUAUCAUGACAAACUUUCAACGACGAUAACAGCUACCGUCUUCCCUAAGGAUACUGCCGUGAAUUACCCUCUAGAGAUAACCCCGCCGGAAGCCUCACUUCAGAACUCCUUAGAAGGCCUAUCAUCAGCGUCCCAUCAAUACAAUAUCGGCGACUUGAGCCAAGCCAUGGCGGUUGAUGCGUUCAUUAACGGCAUUAUCGACAAGGCGGAUCUGGAGACCAUCUGGCCCUCAGGUAACCUGUGUGGCUAA